AUGUCAUGGGAAUUAUUAAAUUUACUCCUCUUCGGAAUGCAUUAUUCCCUAGUCCUCGGAACACAGCCGAGCACGGACCCAAGGCGCGAGCACUGGCAAGGUGUCAUUGAGCAUAAUAGCGAUCUAUGCGUGCAAAGUUCAUAUACCGUACAUCGUGAGAACAGUGUGGAGGAGCGAUCAACUGAAGCACUGCAUGAGCAUAUCGAUCAUUCUUAUGAAAAGCACAACGACGAUAUUGAAGUGAAUAGGACACACAGGGAAAGUCACACACAAAGCAAACUAAAUCGACGAAGAAUUUUUAAGAGAGGAACGAUGACAAAGUUUAUUAACGAAUGGAUAUUGUUCAUGUUUAUCUUACAUUGUUUGUUUGCUGGAGCUUUACUUGAUCACAUUGGAACCCACUGGAACAUACAAUUAACAUUUGAACUGUAG